UCAUUUGUCAAAGAAGCAACUUUGUUUUACCUCUUCCUCUUUCGUUUCUCCCCGGUGCCAUCCUUAGAUCUCGGGUCGAGAUCUCUUGUAAGUGGAGGAGAGUUGUGACGCCCCAAGACUGGCACUCCAGAUGGCUUCCAUGGACUCCGAGAUUCGUCGUGUGAUUUGUUUGGUUUGUUGCAUUCAUCUUUGCAUCAUGUGCAUUGCAUCAUGUCAUCAUGCAACCUUUUUUUUUAACUCAACUAAAUAAAUUGCAUAGAUUGUUGAUCUAUUUAAAUCGAGGGAAGGGUGAAUUCUCUUUAUAAAUUAUCCUCCCAAUAUUAGGGAGCUAUUAUAAAGUAAUCCAUUGUUGUGGAAUUACCUUUGACACACUUGCAGAUAAAUCCCAAUGCCUUUGUUAUCUCAAUUCUUGGUCUCCGACUUGUCCUCAUAUUCUUUUAUGGUUUAUCGAGGCUCUUCCUAAAUUCUCAACAUUUUUUGGCCACACCAAAAACCUAGUCCCAAUUCAAAACCAUUUGAAUUAUAUUCAAGUGAAUUUAAAUUUAUGUCUUUCGAUCAUGCCACUUCUAUUUUUCCUGGUUCAAGCGCAUUUUUUGAGUCCGGGAAAAUUAACCCCAUGCCCAAGUUCUUUCCUAACCCUCUCUUUCUUUUCUUCUCUCUAUUUCUUUUUCUGCUAAAGAAUAAAAGAGAAGGGAAUAGAAGAAGGAGAGCAGCCGCAGCUCGGCCUGCUCGCAGCAGCCGGCCCAGGCCACCAUGGCCUCCCUAAGCCCAGCAGCCAGGCCCACCUGCGGCCUGACCUAGCCGACCCAAGAGCCUGCCCGAUAUCCUCUUAUCCACCAACUCGCUCGACCCCCCUCUCCCUCGUUCCCUUGCUCGCGCCGCCACACACGCACGCAGAGGGGCAGCGCCCCACGCCCUAUCCCCUCGACCGCUACCUUGGCCUCCGGCCAUGGCGCCCGCGCCGACGACCCUGCAGACCGCUGCCCUGCUGCCAUGUCCCGCCGCUGCCGCAUGCCAAGUCCCGCGCCGCUGUCGACGUGACGACCUGCAUGGGUCCCUGCCGCGCCCCUGCAUCGAGCAGCCAGAGCCGCUCGUCGCCGGAUCCUGUCCGCUGCCGCCUGGAUCCGCGCGUUCGCCACCGUUGGCCACCUCGAGGAGCCCUGCCGCCCCGCAGCAUAUCGUCAGACCGCACCGACCCGUCCAGUUCCUCGUCCGCGACCUCCCGCUCCGGAUCCGCCUCCUACGAUCGCGUCGUCGUCCUCCCAGCGCCGCCUCGAGCUCGUCAUCCUCGUCCCCACGCCGACGACCUCCACUGCCUUCCCGCCAGGCUCCCUCACAGGCUUCCUUCGUCGCUUUGCCUCGCCUCCCUUCGCUGCUGCUGUAGCUGGGUCGCCCCUGCUGACCUUCGCCUUGGUCCGGCGUUCCCCUUGUCGGAUGCCUCCAUGCCACGACCACCUCCUCCUCGACGCCUUUGCUGCUGCUGCAAGACCACCACGGCGCCAUCAUGGAGGCCAGGCCAAAGUUGACCACGGCUGUGCAUCUCUCCUUGCGCCACUUUGGAGACCGAGACGAUCAAAUACUCCGACGUUUAUCACCAUGCAUGACUACAACGCCAAGGGAACCACUACCCUCGACUUGGGGACGCCAAGUUCCCCAUACGACCCGUGUACGACUACGGGGAUUCACCAAGUACCCUUCGGAUGUGCCUAGUUCGACUACAUGGACCGCCGAGUUCCUCUACCGUCGACCCGAACAUUGGUACGACUACCAUCGCCGUGGAUCCGACAAGAUCAGUGUACAACUACAUCCACUACGACCGUUGCGAGAAUGUCUACUUCCACUACGAACUUGUUCCGCCCCGAAAAUGCACGCUUCGAAGGCUGCCUCCUCUCCUGCGGCUACUCGAAAUACGGAAGUGGCCGAACUGCAACGAAAGCUGGAUAUUGCGGAAGAUGACAUUGCAUUGAUCAACAGGCGUCUUGACGACUCGCAAGAUGGUGCUGCCGCCGUCGAAGCUCUUCGGGCGGAACUAGCCCGGGCCAAGGAACAGGCCCGGUGUAGUAAUGCUACUGCCGAAAAGGCAUCGGCUGAUCUAAGAGCCGAACAAACAGCUCGGCGCCAAAAUGAGGAGAAAGUAUCCGCACUGGCGCUUGAAUUGAAGAAUACUGCCAACUGCUGUGAAUAUCUUGAGAAGGAGAAUAAAGCCAAAAAGGCUGAACUUGAUAAGGCCUUACGAGAGGCGAGUGAAGCUCGGUCUGAAUCCAGGGCGGCUCGUGAAGAGAUUCGGCAGACUAAGGAGAUAGCGGCUGGUAAGCCCUUUUUGCUUCAGACUAAGUUUGGCGAUCCGGACUAUGCCCAGCUGAACCAGGUCUGGAGUUCUCCGGUUGAAUUUUUGGACUUGCCGAAGAGUUCUUCCGAUGCGGCGCAAUUUUACCAAGCGCAAGAGGGGUAUGCAACGGAGAAGCUUUUCUGGUCACAAUUUGGCGCAUCAAAGCGUACUGUGUUGCUGAAUGAAUAGAUGUCCCAAUGGUCCGAGCUUCAUAGGAUAUCCGGCGAUGCCAUGAAGAACGUCAUAAUCGGGUUGUGGCCAAGUGAGCCUAUUCCGAGUAGUUAUAUUGGCCUGGUGCGGCGGCUUGUUGACGCGGUGCCGCAUAUCAAUGCUGUGAAGCGAUCGGCGUGCAUCGAGGGUGCACGGAUGGCCUUUGCCCGAGUCAAAACAUUCUGGGGAAAGAUGAAGGCCAUCGAUGUUGUGGCGAGGAGUCCACCCAAGGGCAAGGACCGUUAUG